AUGGAAGACAUACAACGACAACCUUUGUCCCCCAUCCAAACAGAGAUUCCUUCCUCGAACUCUCCUCCCACAUCAACCACCUCCUCCCCUCGCCCAUCUCUGUCGGCCAAACGCUCCCGCUCGCCUCUCUCACUCGAUCUCUCAUCCCUCCCACCACUUUCCCAACCCGCACCCCCCUCCAACACUCUCCUGAUUACCCGCCUCGAUGACCCCAAGAUCUUCCACCCGGCGUCCCUGGCGACCAUCCGACAACACAUCACGGAGAUCGCCCCCUUGAACUCAUUCUCCCCGCUGAAAUCCAUGCACCGCAUCAUCUGCUCGUUCUACGACGUCGACGCCGCCAUCGCCGUGAGACAGGCAUUCGACGGGUCGGCGGUCAUGGGGAACACGGUCGCAAAAUGCUACUUUGGCGAACCCACCCCGAUCGGAGACGAGAAGAAAUACCUGAACCGGCCGGAUGCCGGGAGGUUAUUCUUCAUCAGUCCCCCGCCGAGCCCACCCGUGGGCUGGGAAAUGAAAGAGGAAGAUCCCCCGAACAAACACGUCCACGCUGAGGAUCUGGCGUCGAAGCUGGAGAAACUGAGCGGCAAGCUCACGUCGGCCCCCACCAACGCCGCCGACGACUCGCCCUCCGAAGACGACACUAAGAUGCAAUACACUGCCGAGGGACUGCAGAAGCUGAAGGCCAGCCGAGCACAAGCCUUCUCCGGAGUGUCGGCGGAGAACUCCCCUACGGCAGAUGCGUCACCCAAGAAGCACCGGAGCAGAAGCUCGACCUUGAUCUACGACCCCAAAGCCCACGGUGACAGCCCGGCCCUUCCCGCGGUGAUGUUAGAGGCUGACGACGACUCGGACGUAGAACUCGAGCCAGAGGACUCGUCUAAGAAGAUAAGGCCAAGUACGGCACGUCCACCUGUCGAGCUGAUGGAGCAUUGA